GGUGCGGCAGGCUUGCGUUGCGACGUGUCGCGGUCCUCUACGGCUUCGCAGGGCGAUCGGGAGUCGGGGCACGCGCAUCGAUCGAGCAGCUGCCGAGCGAGGCUCCCAUCUUAUGCCAAAGAAGAACACCUGCGCAUUGAACACGACUGAAAAUUUGACAGUGCAUCACUGGACGGCCGCCCAUGGCCCACAUGCAAUGGCGUUUGCGUACAGCACUGUUAUGUGGUGUUUUGGGCGUAAAAUGUUGCUUCUCCUUAACAACCCCAGUCGCUGGCCGCGGCGCCUCGCGGAGCUCUAAAAGAGCCGCGGCCGCGAGCGAGCCACCGGCGACCCCGCUGCCCACUGGCGCGACCGCCGAAAGUCGUUCAAUUUUGCCAAUUUUGCCGGCGGAAGGCGGGAAAACAGAAACCGGCCUUCUGAGCGCCGAAAUCCCCCUGGCAAAUCUGCUCGCCCGCGCUCCACGCCAAUUACAAACCUACUGGGCCCGGAACUGGGCCCGCCUGGCCAUUCUCGGCUGCGCUUUGACUUAUGGGACCAACUUCGCCGCCGUCAAGCAACUCGACCACUCGCUGCCACCUUCUUUGUCCGCCUCGCUGCGCUUCGGCCUGGCGUCGAUGGCGGCGUUGACCGUGCUCUGGGACGUGCGGGACUGGGACUGGGAGUCGGACGAGUUGCGGUCUUUGCAGAAAGUCUCGAUGGAGGUCGGCGCCGCGAACGCGAUGGGUUACGUCUCGCAGAGCGUCGGGUUGCAGGACGUGGAUGCGUCUCUCUCGGCGUUCGUGUGCUCGCUCGCGGUCGUCGUCGUGCCCGUGUUGGAUGCGGUCGUGGACCGCAAACGCACGACGGCGCGGACGUGGCAGGCCGCGGUGCUCGCGGCGGCGGGCGUGGCCAUGCUGUCGGUCAACUCCAUGGGCCACAGCGUGGACGGCCCGCACGGCGCGGUGCACGGGUUGUUGUUCACGCUCAUCCAGCCCUUGGCGUUUGGGUACGGCUUUUACCGGACGGAAAAGGCCCUGGCGGCCGUGCCCGACGACCUGGACCUGACCAAGGCGUCGCUGGCGUGCGGCGCCAUGCAGCUGCUGACCGUCAAGGCCGUGGCCGACGUGUGGCUGCUGAGCGACCAGUGGGGCGCCGCGGCCGACGCGUUCCCGGACGCGCUCGCCUUAUUGGCCGAGCCGCCGGCCGUCUUCGGGGCCGUGGUCUGGACGGGCCUCGUGACGACCUUCGGGACGGUGCUCGUCGAGACGCUCGCGCUGUCGGAGAUCUCGGCGCAGGAGUCCACGGUGCUCUUCAGCACCGAGCCGCUCUGGGGCGCUGGCUUCGCGUCGCUCGCGCUCGGCGAGCGCCUCGACGAAUACUCGGCGGCGGGUGGCGUCAUGAUCGUCAUGGCGUGUCUGCUCGCGUCCGGCGGCUUCGACGGCGACGACGGCGGCGGCGAGGAGCUCGUGCCAGCUUCUCGGUGACCACACGUCGCACACUCGUAGAAUGUGCGACUCUUAGGAUAGGAUAACUUUCGCCCGCUUUA